CGGUGCUGACUAAGCCGCCGGCAUUCUUCACGCAACGCGUCCACCCGGCUUGUUCAGGUAUAAAUACUAUUGCUCCUUCUCCACCAUGUCACUGCACCGGCGCCGAAAUGAAUGUACCACGGACGUCUCUAUGCUCAGCUACUCGUUUCACACCGAGACGACUACCGUCGUCAAGUCCGGCUAGCACGAGACGAAAUCUCUUUACCAUAAUAGAGCAAGGGCACGAAGGUUGGAGGUUAAGCUUCGGUCGGAACCCAGUGCAGUUGAACCCUGGAAUUCGUCUGAACAUACCAGUCUAUCAUACUAUUCAAAAAGUGGACUUGCGGGAGUCUUCCAUCUCUAUACCAAACCUCCCUGGCUAUACUCUUGACAACGUCCCUGUAACCUGCUCGGGGUCACUCUUUUAUCGAAUCGUCGAUGGAUACAAGGCCUGCUUCGAAAUUAGCGACGUGCAGAACAAUAUCAGGAAUGCUGGAACUUCCGCUAUGCGAGCCGUUCUUGGAACAUUUAGCUACGACCAGGUGAUAGGUGACCGAAAUGGCCUCAACACGAAGCUGAAUGCCGUGAUUGGUAAUUCUAUUAAGAACUGGGGUGUGGAAGGCACUCGUUUUGAGAUUCAAUCAUUCCAGCCUGCGAACCGCGAGGUCGAGAGACAGCUUGAACUGCAGAUGGAGGCCGAGCGUAAUCGGCGAAAACAGCUCCUCGAUACGCAAGCGCAAGUGAACGUGGCGGAAGGCCACAAGCAACGCGUAAUUUUGGAGAGUGAGGGCCAUCUUCGAGCCAAAGCGAACGAAGCUGAGGCUAGUUAUAAGACUGUUGUUCGCGAGGCCGAGGCACGCCAGCAGCAGUCGAUUAUGGAAGCUUCGGCCCUCGCCCAGCAGGUCGAGGAAAUUGCUCGAAGUAUAUCUCUGGACAAAGACAAUGUGAAGCCUGAGGAACGCCAGCGGGCGCUGGAAACGCUGGUUGAGUUGCGUCGUCUCGAGCAGCUGAGGGCCAUUGCUGCGAGCAAGAGCAAUUCGACGUAUUUCUUCGGGGACAAGUCUGCCUUAGGACGUUCUGGUACGGAUGCUUACAACAUCGACUACGCGGAACAUAUCAAGAACGGAGUGGAGAAGACCCGCCGGGAGGCUGGUGCGGUAAUAACAGCGUAGCGGAUUUGGCGGUUUGUCUUCGCAUCUUUCGAAACUGUUCGCCAUUCCCAUUUUCUCGUUUCAUUAGCAUCAUUGUGUAGUCUCUAUAAAUCAUCGCAGCCCUACUCAACUGUAUAUAUAUUUGCACAAUACAUGUAUACUUAACUUGCCCUCCCCUGA